UUUCUCUCUGCUUAUAAAACCCUCCCUCUCUCUCUCAUUCAGUAAUAUUUAUUUUUAUUAUUAUUAUUUAUAAUAUUGAAAGUUGACCCAGAAAAUAAAUAAAAAAAAUAAAAUAAAACAAAGACGAAGACGAAGACCCAAAUGAGCACUGCGCAAUCGGAGCUUUUUUUCAGGUUGUAAUAAUUGUGUAGAAAAUGGAAGUGUUGGUUUCAGAUGAGAAGCAGUUUUCUAAUAAAGACGUAGAGAGAGUUUCAAUUUCCAUGCUUGCACGGAUGAGACAAUGCCCAGAAAUUAUUCAAGGUCAAUCUAAUUCAAGAGGUGGCAAUAGGGGCAAUGAAUGCUCAUCCAAUAAUAAUGAACAGGUCAAUCUAGAUGUUCAAUGGUCGAGUAGUAAGAAGAGGCGUCGUUCCUCAUUGCGAAGAGAUAUAGAGGAUGACUUAUUGUUGAAUGAAGAUGAAACAAAUUUGAAAAAGAGGCGUAGUGCCUCAAUGCGAAGAUAUGCAGAGGAUGAUUUAUUGUUGGAUGAAGAUGAAGAACUGGAGAUGCUGUUUAUAUUCAAGCAUAAGAAUCAGAGUAGAAGAAGAAUAAGAAACUUUGGUUUGACUGAAGCAAGUUCAAAGGAAGCUGUUGCUGUUAAAAAUAAUGAACUGGUUAAUGCUACUUUUUGCUCUCCUUCACCUUCUCCUACCUCAUCUGCCUCAUCUGCUAAUAACAAAAUAAAGGUUAAUGAAAAGGGUUUUUUGAAGUGUCAUCAGUGUAUGGAGAAAAAGAAAUUUGUUGUCUCUUGCAACACAUGUAAACAAAAGUCAUAUUGUUACCAAUGUGCAGAACAAUGGUACACAAACAUGGAAAUAAAGGACAUUAAAAUUCGUUGUCCAUUCUGCCGUAAAAUCUGUAACUGCAAUACAUGCUUGCAUUCAACUGGGAUUUUCGAGACAGUGGAGAGAAAGAUGGAUAACUGUGAAAAGGUUUGGCACCUGGAUUAUUUACUGAGCUUACUGCUCCCACAUAUGGAGCAAAUAUGUGCAGAACAAACUGAGGAGAUAGAGAUUGAAGCUAGAAUUCAAGGGAUUUCUUCUUCUAAAGUUGUAGUACCACAGACUCUAUGCUCUAAUGAUGAACGCGUGUAUUGCAAUCAUUGUGCAACAUCAAUAAUCGAUCUUCAUCGAAGCUGCCAGGAGUGCUCUUUUGAACUCUGUCUCAGUUGUUGUCGUGAUAUCCGCAAUGGGUGCCUUUCAGACCGUACUGAAGUCAAAUUUCAAUAUAAGUUCAAGGGUUGUGAGUACAUUCAUGGAGGGGAUCCUUUACCUGAAUCACAUCCUUUAGAAACAACAUCAGAGUAUGGUUUGGAACCUUUGGAUGAAUGGAGUGCAGAUCCUGACGGGAGUAUUAGGUGUGCUCCAAAGAAUAUGGGAGGGUGCUAUAAAUGUAGAUUGGAGCUCAAACGUAUCCUUCCGAUUGGGUGGAUCUCUAAUUUAGUAGUGAAAGCAAGAGACUUUCUUGGGGUUGAUCCAAAUGAAGACAUAACUAUACAUCACAAUCACACCGAUGAGGAGAAUGAUUCAAUGAAAAAAGCAGCUUCCAGAGAAGAUUCCAACGACAACUACUUGUAUUGUCCUGACUCAAAGGAAGUUCUAAAGAAAGGGUUUCUCCACUUCCGGAAGCAAUGGGCUAAUGGCAAACCAGUUAUAGUUCAAAAUGUUCUUGAACAAGCUAGUGGCUUGAGCUGGGAGCCAAUGGUUAUGUGGCGUGCGCUAAGUGAAAAUCCAGGAGCAGAGACUGGCACAGAUUAUUUGAACGUAAAGGCCAUCGACUGUUUGACUGGUUGCGAGGUGGAAAUUAACACCCGCCAAUUUUUUGAAGGUUAUACUGAAGGAAGAACAUAUGACAACUUAUGGCCAGAAAUGCUUAAAUUGAAAGAUUGGCCACCGUCAGAUGAGUUUGACAAUCUUUUGCCACGUCAUGGGGAAGAGUUUAUGAGUGCUCUGCCAUUUAAAGAGUACACAGAUCCCAAAGCUGGUAUCCUUAACCUUGCUGUGAAGUUGCCCACAGGUGUCUUGAAACCAGACUUGGGUCCAAAAACAUACAUUGCUUAUGGCAUUGAAGAAGAGCUCGGAAGGGGUGACUCUGUCACUAAGCUCCAUUGCGAUAUGUCAGAUGCGGUAAACAUCUUGACACAUACAGCCGAGGUAGAUUUAACACCAGAUCAACGCUUGUCAAUUUCACAGUUGAAAAGAGUACACUUGCAGCAGGAUAUUAGAGAGGGGAUAAAAUCUUGCAUGAAUCAUGUUGAAGAAGAAACAGAGGACAUGAUGACACCAAGUGAAGAUAAACAUUCCUCUAAAAGUGAUGGCGGUGGAGCACUAUGGGAUAUCUUCAGGAGAGAGGAUGUCCCAAAAUUAGAGAAAUUUUUAAGGAAGCACUCGAAGCAGUUCAGGCAUACCUAUGGCUGUCCUGUUAAACGGGUCGACCACCCAAUUCAUGAUCAAUCCUUUUAUCUAACUUCAGAACACAAGAGGACACUAAAAGAGGAAUGUGGCAUUGAACCUUGGACAUUUGAGCAACAAGUUGGAGAGGCUGUGUUUAUUCCUGCUGGCUGUCCGCACCAAGUUAGGAAUCUUAAGGUCCCAACCUAUCUUAUUCUCUGUAUUUACAAUCCAAUUUUCAGGAGCUUGAGCUUGUCUUUAGUAUUUACAGUCCAAUUUUUACUUGCCUUGCAGUCAUGUACCAAGGUCGCUGCAGACUUUGUUUCUCCAGAAAAUGUUGGUGAAUGCUUGCGAUUGACUGAGGAGUUUAGACAACUUCCCAAGAAUCAUCGAGCUAGAGAAGACAAAUUAGAGAUAAAGAAAAUGGUAAUGUAUGCUGUUGAUCAAGCUGUCAAAGAAUUGGAAAACUUGGGUGCAGUGUAUAAUGUCAAUAAUUGUUAGGGCAGUUCUUGAUAGAGAUUUUGUUUGAGACUAACCCUUCUUAGGAGAAAUGCAUACAUAGUUUACCUUAGAUGCAUACUGCAUAAAAAAAGCAUGGAAAGUGUUGAGUAUCAAUGAAUAAUGAAAUAAGUAUUUGGUGUUAGCAACAAAAUACUUCAUUCUUUGGUUUGAAUUUAUUCAAAUAAAAUAUGAGCUUCUAAUAAGAGUGAGAUUAGAUAUUUACUAAUGAAUAGAAAAAGUGAAAAGUUUAUUG